ACAACAACAACAACAACAAAAGCGGCAGCUGAAAAAGAAGAGGAGACAACAACAACAACAACAACGGCAGCGGCAAAGGAAGAGGAGACAACAACAACAACAACAACAGAAGCGACGACAACAACAACAGCUGCCACUCCAGCAGUCGACUAAGAUUUCGUUGGCAUUCAAAAGCUAUUCCCACUUCUGUUUCUGCAACGCCAUUUCAUUUUACUAA